GAAUCGUUACUUGGGGACACAGAAUCGUUACUUAGGGACACAGAAUCGUUACUCAGGGACACAGAAUUGUUACUCAGGGACACAGAAUUGUUACUCAGGGACACAGAAUUGUUACUCAGGGACACAGAAUCGUUACUCAGGGACACAGAAUUGUUACUCAGGGACACAGAAUUGUUACUCAGGGACACAGAAUUGUUACUCAGGGACACAGAAUUGUUACUCAGGGACACAGAAUUGUUACUGAGGGACAGGGACACAGAAUCGUUACUCAGGGACACAGAAUCGUUACUCAGGGACACAGAAUCGUUACUCAGGGACACAGAAUUGUUACUCAGGGACACAGAAUACUCAGUUACAGAG